UCAACAUAUUUUAUCUUUGAAACGCUGGUCGUGACAUUUCUACAACAAAAGAAAAGAGAAGGAUAAACGGAUCAGCUUCGCAGUCGACCCGAAGCGGAACAACAAAGUCUCCGCGCAACGAUCUUGAAUCAGCAGCUGCAGUCAAGCGUAGCGAAAAGCAAAAACGAAUACCAAUCAUGGGUAGCACGAUCUAUCGUAUGAAGACCUACUGGGCGAGUCACCGAGAUCGAGUCAACGCCGGGAACUCUCCACGGUUGUUCCAGAAGACAAUCCUUCGGUUCGUCACGGCACAUUUUGCGCUGCUGGGAACAAUACUCCUGGCAGCAGCGAUCAAUCCAUGGCAAGAGAAUUUCUUCCAUUCGAAGGGGACCCCGGGUGAUUGGCAGGAUGGGUUUCCGAUUGCACCGCUUCUCCUUUCAUUCUUCUUUAACCUCACCAACUCCGUCUAUGUCUUCAAGACGGCGAGUCCGUUCCGCGGACUCGUUACCGGCAUCUUCGACUUCCUUGUCUGGGCGAUCCUCAUCCCGGCCGUCACGUUCUCCGCCUGGGCUGGUGUGUUUAAUCUCUGGAAGAAACCGACAAUGUCAAUGGCUGGAAGCAUGGUCGUUUGCGACACUGGAAUGAACAUGUUCAGCAAGGAGUGCAAUCCUGAGCUGUAUCAGAUCGGGGACCUGGAGUUGGCCGGUGUUAUCUUUGCUAUCUUGGUCUGGUUCAUCACAACCUUCCUCUUUGUGCAUGGUUGUAUCGAGGGCAUGAGGGGCCCCAGGAGGGGCAACCAGCUUAGUGAGAAGCCUCCGAUGCCAGAUCGAUCGGGAUUCUACGACCUUGAGCGUGGUCCGCCCCAAUUCACGAGGCGAAGUCGAGGUCCCCCCGUGCUGACACGCCCGCCGAUGGCCAUGCCGCGGUACAGGUGAAAGACCGGAUCAUUGACCAACUGCGACUCCUGUCUGGUUCUGCAUAUGAAGUGCUGGUCUGAAAGACUCGCCAGGAUCGGUCCUUGAUAUAUGUGACACUUUUAGGAGUGUCAGACGCAGAGCCUAGGCCAAUCGCGUGAUCCCACAGCGCCAGGAUA